GACUGUCACCGAAGACAUUGUUGAGCAUCAUGGCCGACGCGAACUCGCAACUUCAUGUACGAACAGCAAACCUCGAUGGCGACGACGUAGAGUUCAUCCUGGCGGCUUGGGACUCUACACUCCCAUUCCUCGCCUCGAUAGGAGCUGGUGAGAUGUGGGGCAAUCAGCCACUCUCAGCAAGAGCAGGUCAAAGGCAAGAGGUGAUAGAUAUCAUCGAGGGGACGACAAAAGAACUUCAUGGCAGUCGCGACUUCUUGAUUGCGGAGACACGUCGCUCAGAGGGAAUGGUCCAGCUGGGGGCCGCUAUGACGCGUCAACGUCUACCCGACUAUCUCAAUCAGCAUGUUGAUAUCAGAAGCCACAUAGAUGCCAACAAGGCACUCAUAUACCUUGAGGUUUUAGUUGCCGACCAGCGACCAAACAGGCGCUACAAAGGAGCAGGACAAGCGCUCGUUGAGGCCCUCAAACAACGCGCUCGAUUGGAUGGCAAAGACAUAUUGUACGUUGACGUUUGGGCUGGCAACAAUAGAAGGCUUAACAUGUACUACGAGGGUAUCGGCUUCACGAAGGUCGUUGACUUCCAACUGGAAAGAGGGGAUAGGAGCUUCUGGCCAGGAACACUGUAUUGUGUCGAUUUGAGUACCGUUUGAAUUGGCGACAGGCUGGGAUGAAAUCACACUGGUAGCAAUAAUGAUGCCUGCAAGGAUGAGAUGUGUCGACGCGAUGGCUGAGUUACGACCAGGGCUGCUAUGACGUAUGUCCUUAAAUACACAAAAAAUGGUAGGAGCGAAGAACUCAACUUGCUGGGUUCCUUCCUCCUUGCUAUUGAAAACCUUCGAGUGAGGCGUUUGUUUGUAGAACUAGACCUCGGAUGUUCGAGAUGACGACGCAAGUAGAAGAUGUUUUCGAGGAGAUCCCUAGUCCGGGAAAGCGCGUCC